AUGCUUCCUCAUUCUGAACCGCGUUUAUCAACUACCGUCGAGAAACACCCUCUGCUUGGAGAUGAAGAAGAUGAGGAAAUCGAAUCUAUAUACCAGAAGGAUAAUCUGAAGCUAUCGAAAAAGCUUCCUGCAAGACGCGUAUUAUGGACUCACGUGGUUAUAUCACUUGUUACACUGUUUCUCGGAUUUACAAUUGGUUUUGCUCUUUCCUAUUAUAUGAAACCUGAUGCACAUCAACUUCAAACAAGCACUUAUUCCCCAGCCCAAAGUGUCAUCAGCUAUUCACAGCAGAGAAUCCACCCUCAGGGCCCAGAGACAUACUGGGGCACUCCAACUGUGGAGCAGACCAAAUCGUGGGAGAGACUGCUCGAACCGGUCAUGAUGCGAGCUUCUUACGAAGAGAUGGCCUUGGCAGGCGAAGACCCAGAUAACUCCAUCGAACUUUUAGACGGCGGAUAUCUCGCCUCGUUGGGGGUCUACCACGAUCUCCACUGCCUACGUCGCGUUCGUUUCUUUCUUUACGCGGACCACUUUUACCCCGACAUGACGGAAAAGCAGCGAGUUAACGAGCAAAGACACGUUGAGCAUUGCCUCGAAGCGCUCCGUGUUAGUACCAUGUGCACGGGAAGCACCGGGCUCUGGUCAUUCGAGUGGCAGCCUAAUGUUACCAAAGCUCAUGCCAAGACCGAUGCUCAGCGGAGUUGUGUGGACUGGGAUGCACUGGAUAACUGGACGCGCGAGCGAGCUGUGGGGUUCAAUCCGCCGCUGAAACCACGACCUCAAGGUCUGUGA